AGCAGACGCACACUUCAUCAACCCAUCCUCUCGGUCUAAUUGGAGGGAGUGGUUCAAAAAUGCGCCAGCCUCCGCCGGCAGCCAAAGAGUUAAACCGUCGAGCCGUGUUGUUGAACGCAUCAUCCAACCGGGCUGUGUCGCUAAGGGGAAGACAGGCUACUUGUAGAGAAAGCAACAGAUCUCCCCAGCUGGAAAACAACCCCACAUCUGGCACGCGAGCUGAGCGUUUUCAUGCGGGAAGAACUGCUGGGAUAUCACAGUGCACGAUUAGACGCGCGCACUGGAUCAUUUUCAGGCUUCUUGCGUCUGGCGUGGAGGGGAGAAAAGUUUUAAGAAAUAGUUGUGGAUUUUUUUUGGCUUUGCGGGAUUUGAUUAAAUCUGUGUAAAACGCGUGAGGAGUGACGGGUUACUUCAGGCUCAGUGGUUCAUGCUAUAGGCCCGCACUACCGCGCGUAAUUUACCAAUAUUCCUCUCUUUUUUUUAUUUAUAUAUCUAUCUAUUUUUACCGGCAGUAAGCGUGUGUUCAUCUGUGCAACAUCUGGGGGCAUCAGUUUAAGUCACACUUUGCAGUCUCAUCGACGACAACACUGAAAAACACAUACCUGCGUUUUUUUUGCGGCACCAGACUGAGUUUAGUAACAGGUGGUUUCAUAUUGAGCGUCUCACUUUGCCGCUGUCUAGACCAUUAUCAUGAGCCACACAGGUCGCUGUAAGGACUGGGGUCUGAAAUGAGGGCGCACUUUGCGUUGAUUCUUGAUUCUCUGAUUUUUGUACGAGUGGACAACAGUUUGUAAACGGAGGGGGGCGAACAGCCGGAAGGUCUCUGCUUCUAAAUGAUAAGCUCGGUGUGUGUUUCGUCUUACCGAGGGCGCAAGUCAGGCAACAAACCUCCGUCAAAAUCAUGUCUGAAGGAGGAGAUGGCCAGAGGGGAAGACUCGGACAAAAUUAUCAUCAACGUGGGCGGCACUCGGCAUGAGACCUACAAGAGCACCCUUAGGACCCUGCCGGGGACCCGCCUGGCGUGGCUGGCGGACCCGGACACGCAGGUCAGCACCGACUCAGACGCUGCACCCCCGAGCUCCACCGAGUUCUUCUUCGACAGACACCCGGGCAUCUUCGCCUACGUGCUCAACUACUAUCGGACCGGCAAGCUGCACUGCCCGGCGGACGUCUGCGGGCCGCUCUUCGAGGAGGAGCUGGCGUUCUGGGGCAUAGAUGAGACCGACGUGGAGCCGUGCUGCUGGAUGACCUAUCGGCAGCACCGGGACGCGGAGGAGGCCUUGGAGAUAUUUGAACCGCCGGACCCGGACGCAGACACCGACGACGACAGAGAGAUGCCGAGGCGGUUCGGCAUCGAGGACUGUCCAGAUAGGUCGAGGGGCUGCUGUGAAGUGUGGCAGCCGAAGAUCUGGGCCCUGUUCGACGACCCGUACUCCUCCAGAGCGGCCAGGGGAGUUGCAUUUGCCUCUCUCUUCUUCAUCCUGGUGUCCAUCACCACCUUCUGCCUGGAGACCCAUCAAGCCUUCAAUGAACUGCAGAACCGGACGGAGCUGGUCGUCGUGGGCAACAUCACAAAGGAAGUGGAGCGGAGGGAGAUGGUGACCAAGCCCAUCCUCACCCUGGUAGAGGGCAUCUGUGUGAUCUGGUUCACAUUUGAAUUCCUGGUGCGUAUCAUCUGCUGCCCAGACAAGGUGGUCUUCAUCAAGAACUCGCUCAACAUCAUUGACUUUGUGGCCAUUCUGCCCUUCUACCUGGAGGUGGGUCUGAGCGGUCUGUCGUCCAAAGCUGCCAGCGAUGUGCUGGGCUUCCUCCGAGUGGUGCGGUUUGUCCGGAUCCUCCGGAUCUUCAAACUGACGCGGCACUUUGUAGGCCUGCGCGUGCUGGGCCACACUCUGAAGGCCAGCGUCAAUGAAUUCCUCCUGCUCAUCAUCUUCUUGGCACUGGGUGUACUCAUCUUCGCCACCAUGAUUUACUACGCUGAGCGCAUUGGAGCCAGGCCCGAUGAUCCCACAGGCUCCAACCACACACACUUCAAAAACAUCCCCAUCAGCUUCUGGUGGGCAGUGGUUACCAUGACAACGCUUGGCUAUGGAGAUAUGUACCCACAGACGUGGCUGGGCAUGAUGGUGGGGGCCCUGUGCGCGCUGGCCGGGGUGCUGACCAUCGCCAUGCCGGUCCCUGUCAUCGUCAAUAACUUUGGGAUGUACUACUCGCUGGCUAUGGCCAAACAGAAGUUACCGAAAAAGAAGAAGAAGCACAACCCGAACCCAGACGCUCCGACUGACUCUGCCUCGUUUAUAAAGUCAGAAACGAACUCGCACAGAGACAGCACGCAGAGCGACACAUGUCCGCUGGCUGCUGAAGAGAGUGUCAGCAGGAACCGUUCAGAUUCCAAACAGAAUGGGGAUGCAAAUGUGGCCCUUUCAGAGGAGGAAGGCUGCAGCCUGACCCAGCCACUGUCCCCCAGUGAAAAGUGGUCCCUGCGGUGCACCCGAGGGCGAGACAAGACUAAGAAAGAGGCCACCUGCUUCCUCCUAACCUCCGGAGACCCCAGUGUCCAUACUGACAGCUGUAAAGACAUCCUCGCUGCCACUGGAAACUAUGCUCAGCCGGAGGUCACCACUCUGACCUGAUGCUGAUUGGCUAUGAAAAGGAGAAAGAGCAUGAGCUCACAGUGGAGUACAUGCGGUGCAGAGCUUCACCUCUGGUCCCUGCUUUCUUUUCCUUCCUGAAUGAACUGCAGACCGGAUUCUUUUUAUUCAGGAAAUGGUCUUUUCUUUUUUGGUCUCUGUCACACAUACAUUCAUUUACACGUUACAGAGCAUUGUGCAUGUGUUGCAUGGUCUGACAUUGUAAAAUGUACUUUAAAAACUGGCUACUGUUAAUUCACUUAUCAUUUAGUGGACAUUGCAUAGCUUGUCCUAAAGGCCCUUUAAAAAUAUUUUUUCCAUUAGCUUCUCCUUGACCAUUUAGAUCCAAUGUGAACACACAAUUUUCUGCCAGAGUUAGAACAGUUUUGGUGAUUUCACAUAAGAGAUUAUCACUGGUUUGAAGGGAAAGUUGGAAAAAGUUGACAUGUUUCCAUCCACCAAUCAGGAUUUAGUAACAUUUGAAUCUGAAUCUGAUGACAGUUUGGUCACUGUCUGUCAAAUCUGACCAAAUCCCACCAACACAGUCCUGAUGAAGCUUAUUAGCUGAUUUCUGGGUUUUAAACUCAUUAUAUGACGUUGCUUUUAAAACUUCAGUUUAUUUAGUCAGGUUAGUUUUUUUGUUAAUGAGAUAUUACAUGUCUUUGCGUGUUUCUCUUUUCACGUUUGUACCAAGAUGUACAGUCAGUUUGAGCUCUUUUUGGAACUCAGAAAACUUCAUUGUCAUUUGGAUUGAUGUCUUAUACACAUAAAUGUUGUUAACUAUCGAGUAAGGACACCCAGACAGUUGUGAAUAUGGGUUUGUACAGCAAAACUGUUACUGUGAACUAGGAUUAGAUAAAAACUUGAAAUCAUAGUUUGAUCCUCGACCAAACAGACCCAGAGUUCUUAGUUGAUCAUCCGGUCUCUGCCUUCUGUCGUGCCACUGCUUUUUAACACUAACCACAGGGACAACAUGCAGAUAUUUUGUCAAGACACAGCGUGACAUGAAGGCUGCUCAGGCAACACAUUGUUUGUAAAUCCUUGUAUGAUAAGAGAGUUUAACAAAAGAAGAAAAAAAAUCAAUGGAACAGUAUUGUCUGUCUAUUACAUUAGCCGUGUAGCAGUUGAUGCAUCAUUACUGGUUGAGUCAGGACCAAAUGUAGACUCGAUUAGAUUACAUGGUAGCUUUUCAGGAUCAUUGUUAGUUUAAAAAAAAAACAAAAAAAACAAUACACACAGUGCAAUGCCACCAGUUCCACUUGUGCCUCAUGUUGAGUAAUGGAGCUUAAAUGUGUGCAGUAACGUAAUUAGAUUUGUUCCUCAACACUUCUGGUUGUGUCCGAUCUGUAGAAACCCUGUUACAUGUUUCCAUGAGAAGCAGGAGGAGUGUGGUUUCUUUCACUUGUGACUUAUAAUAUAUUCCUCAUGGUCUACCAUAGUGGCCUUAUGUUUAAUAAACAAAGGGAAACUUCAUUUCAUCAUCAUUAGACUCUGUUUCUAUGCAGACCCAAAGGUCUGUAAUUAUGUAUAAGCGCAGUUGUACGUAUGUAGCAUAGCACAAUAUUCGGGAUCAUUCCUUAGAUUCUUUUCUCCUCUCUAUAUGACAUGCUUAUGCACCAUGAAAUAACUGUUAACCAAUAAUGAAAGAUUAUUUUGAUAAUUCACCUUUUUAGCCUCAUUUCCUGUUUUCCCUGUUGUAUAUUUGAAUGUGAUGGAGAAACACACAGCACAUCAAUUUCAUAUCACCCCAUUAUGGAUUGUAUAGGUGACUGUGAUGAAUUUUAACCCAGUCAAAUUGUCAGAUGUUGUGUGUGUGUGCGUGUGUGUGUGCGUGUGGGAUGUUGUAUCAUGUAGGCAUGUGUUUCUAUGCAGAAAUGCAAAUAAAAUUCAUUUCCCCC